AGACUAUAGUCUUGUCUAUAGUCCAGACUAUAGUUUUGUCUAUAAUCUACUAAGCAAGUAACCCAUCACUCUGCCCUUUUAAAAAAACAAACGAUUUCUUUGUCAACUUUUAAAAUUUAACUCAAACUCAUAAACCCAAAGUUUUUAGUUAAUAAAUGCCAUAAUAAUUUCCUAGAAACCACACAAAAACAAACCAAAACAAACUAGAAUUUAAACCAAACAAAAAUAGUUUUUAAAACCCCCUUUUUCCACCAACUUAAACACGAUAUUUGCCUAAUUAAAUUUUACCUUCAAUAAGUUUAUUAAACUCAACUACUUUUAAAAAGAAUAAAAAUAAAAAAAAAACAAUAUUCAAGAGCAGUAAACAUUGCCUAGAGAAAAAAAGAAAGACGUCAAAUUGUCUGACAAUUAAAAUAAAAACAAAAAAAAAGCUUUUUCUACUCUUAAUGGGAAUAAAACAAAUUUAGAAAAUUUAUGCAAACAUCUUACGGCACCAAAUUUUUGUUCAACAGACUCGUGUUGCUUUUUAAAGAAUUUACAAGUGUUCAGUGCCUAGUGACCAACAAAAAUAUAAACAAUUUUUUUAUAAGCAGUUGUUAAAAAUUAAAACAAAAAUAAUGUUUAAACGUGUAAUGGGUGUUAUUGUACAAACUAGGGGUUUUCUAACCGACCUGGAAGGCUUAAAGAGUAUUGUGCGUAAUGAACAAAAAGAAUUGAACAUUACACCGGUUCAUAAACUAGAUCGCCCCUUUAAAACUGCCACCUUUGGCAUGGGCUGUUUCUGGGGUGCUGAGUCUUUGUAUGGCGGCACUUGGGGCAUAUUGCGCACCACUGUGGGUUAUGCUGGCGGCUCUAAGGAUCAACCAACGUACCGUAAUAUGGGUGACCACACAGAAGUUUUAGAAAUUGAUUAUGAUCCUGAAAUCAUAAGCUAUAAACAAUUAUUGGAUUUAUUCUGGAAUAAUCAUGAAUACGGUUUGUGUACUGUCAUCAAAAGGCAAUAUAUGUCUUUGAUUUUAUAUCAUGAUGAAGAACAAAAGCAAAUAGCUGAACAAUCUCGGGCAGAAGAACAAAUUAAAAGAGCUCCUGAAGUUAUAAGAACUGAAAUAUCACCCAAAACUAAUUUCUAUCCAGCAGAAGAUUACCAUCAAAAAUAUCGUUUACAAGGACAUCGCGACUUGUGUGAGACCUUUAAUUUAAAUUCCUCUUUAUUGCAAAGCUCUUAUGUAGCCACUAAACUCAAUGGCUAUUUGGCUGGUGUAGGUGGUUUGGAGCAAUUUAAACGUGAGGUAGAACAAAUGGGUUUAACACCCACCCAAAGAGAAUAUUGCAACUAUUAUAUAGAAAAGAAUGAGGGCCAAGGUCUCUACUGCUGACGCUGUCAACUGUUGAUAGAUGUUAAACGUAAAAAAUAUUGCAAUUCCUAAUAUGAAUUGCGAAUGGUAUUACUUUAUUCUUUUUCCUUGUUGCACCUUUUUUUCUUUAAAUUUCUUUUUAGUUUUAUAAGUAUUAGUUUUAUGUUAGUAUUUAAUCUAUAACUAUAAACACUAUUAAUAACUAAAAUUAAUAGUUAUAACAAUGUGAUGUAUGUAUUAUUAAAUUAUACAGGCUUUAAAUAAAAAUAAAAAUAGUAUAUGUACUAUAUUUAUCUAGAAAA